AUGAAGGUUAGUGCAGUAGCAUUAUUUGCACUUGUGGCUGUAGUGAUUGCACUAGUGGUGCAGCACGGGCAGGCGGCGGUGAACUGCGGUCAGGUUGACGCAGCUUUGAUUCCAUGCAUCGGUUACCUGAUGGGACAGGGCGGAGAUAGCCCGUCACCGUCGUGCUGCGCCGGAGUGAGGGCGGUGAAAGACUUGGCUCAAACCACCGCCGAUAAGAGGGCUCUAUGCAGCUGCGUCAAGGCGGCAGCUGGCCGUUCUGCCGGCUUGAGCGACCGUGCAGCCUCAGUCUCUUCCCCGCCAAAUGUGGUGUUCAACUGGGUAUCCCUGUUUCUCGCACCUCCAACUGUGACACGAUUAAUUAAGAGUGUAUUGGGGACCAAAUGAAGGAUUAAUAAAAUGGCACCACGUCCAUGUUUAGAUGAACUGUCUGCUUUACAAUGUAAUAAUAUUUGUUGAUAAGUGAUUCAAGAAACUUAUGUCAAUAAUAAUUGAAAAGCUUUUCAUCAAACAUAUCAUAAUCACACAC